GGCUCGCCCACUUAAAUGUCCCCCAAAAAUCUCGCCCUCUCUCUCCGUAAGCCCACCGUCGUCCAUCCAUUCAUAACUUUCUCAGGGGACCCAGAAGAAAGUGCAAAGAAAACCGCGCGCGGACAGACGGGCAGCAUCAUCAUCAACAGCGCGACGACGGGGAAGCGAGGCGACGCCGUGCUGCUUCUGACGGUGGUCGCUGUGUUGGUGCUGGGGCGUUGUUCUUCUCAUUUGGGGAUUUAGAUCCGACCCUCGUUGCGUCGGAUUUCUUGCAAGUUCUCCAACAUGGUUGCUCAGGAGUUCACUGUUGAUCUGAAUAAACCCCUCGUUUUCCAGGUUGGUCAUUUAGGUGAAUCUUAUCAGGAGUGGGUCCAUAAACCCAUUGUGAGCAAGGAAGGGCCUAGAUUUUUUGAAAGUGACUUUUGGGAGUUCUUGACCCGUACUCGAUGGUACGCAGUUCCUGUCAUUUGGCUUCCUGUAGUGUGCUGGUGCAUCUCUAUGUCUGUGCGUAUGGGCCACUCAGCUCUUGAGAUAGGUUUACUAGUGAGUAUGGGCAUCUUUGUCUGGACAUUUCUGGAGUACUCUUUGCACCGUUUCGUUUUCCAUAUAAAGACGGACAGUUAUUGGUGGAACACCGUACACUAUCUUAUUCAUGGAUGCCAUCACAAACAUCCUAUGGAUGGCCUGCGGCUUGUCUUUCCGCCAGCAGGAACAGCUGUUCUCUGUAUUCCUUUCUGGAACCUGGUCAAGCUCUUUUCUACGCCUUCUACCACUCCAGCAUUGUUUGGUGGCGGUUUGCUGGGUUAUGUGAUAUAUGACUGCACUCAUUACUACUUGCAUCAUGGACAGCCAUCCAAUAAAGUGCCACAGAAUCUCAAGAAAUAUCACUUGAACCACCAUUUCCGUGUACAAGACAAAGGCUUCGGGAUCACUUCAGCGCUGUGGGACAGAAUCUUUGGAACGCUUCCUCAAUCAAAAUUGGCAGAGAAAAAAAGAUAAAAGGCAGUGACGCCAUUCGCUAUUUGUUAAUUAAUAUCUAGCAAGUUUAGGGGCGGCUGAAAGAUAUAUCUUAGCCAAAAAAAAAAAAAAAAAAAAUUUCUUUCUUUCAUCUACCCAUUCAUUUGGUAAGAUAUUGCCCUAUUCUCUUCGUGCUUUCAAUCAUCAUGGGCGUGUCGUGUUUGUCCAUUCAGUGUUGUGAAGAGUUCUGUGCAUAUGGCUGUUCUAUCAUGUUCAAUCAAGAAAGUUUCCAGCAUUUAUCCGGAUGCAGUCUUGUUUUUCACAGAGCUAAUGCACAAUAUUGGUUUGGUUUUGCAUCUUUGGUGUAACCUUGUGAUUGCAAUUAUUGAAGAAUGGAUUUUGAAUUAGGUAA